AUGAUUAUUGGCAUUCUGCUGGGGAAUUUUGUUGACGAUGUCGGGCCUGCGCUGAAGAGGGGGGAGUUUGUGGGUGUUUCGAUUCCGAUUGCAAUCGGUCUGCUUGUAAUGAUGUAUCCCAUUCUUUGCAAGGUGCAAUUUGAGACGCUGCACCUCGCGCUCAAAUCAAGGGAAUUGUGGAUCCAGGUUGGGUUCAGCAUUCUGCUGAAUUGGAUCAUUGCGCCGUUUCUCAUGCUUGGCCUCGCGUGGGCCUUCCUCCCCGACGAAGAAGGGCUCCGUGAAGGACUUAUUCUUGUCGGCUUGGCGAGAUGCAUAGCAAUGGUGCUCAUCUGGAACGGCCUGGCCGGCGGGGACAGCCAGUACUGCGCCAUCCUCGUCGCCCUCAACUCCGUCCUCCAAAUGGUGCUGUAUGCACCGCUCGCCGUGUUGUUCAUCAAAGUCAUCAGCCACUCCUCCAGCACCAUCUCCGUCUCCUACCCCAUCGUCGCCACGAGCGUCGCAGUCUUCCUCGGGAUCCCGCUCGGCGCCGCGAUCAUCACCAGAUUAACGAUCCGAACCUUCAUCAGCGCUUCGUGGUACGACAAGACAUUCAUCAAGUGGGUGUCGCCGUGGUCGCUGAUCGGACUGCUGUACACCAUCAUCGUCCUCUUCGCUUCUCAGGGCCACAAGGUCGUGCACCAGGUCGUCUCCGUCGUCCGCGUCGCGGCGCCUCUGAUUGUCUACUUUAUGGUCAUCUUCUUCCUCACGCUCCUCAUCACCCAUCGACUCGGAUUUGGGUACAAGCUGGCGACCACGCAGAGUUUCACAGGAGCGAGUAACAACUUCGAGCUCGCGAUUGCUGUGGCAGUUGCGACGUAUGGUGCAAAUAGCAACCAGGCCCUUGCGGCGACUGUCGGGCCGUUGAUAGAGGUUCCGGUGCUAUUAGGGCUGGUGUAUGUCGUGCGGUGGAUCGGCCGCAGAUAUCACUGGAAGCCGUGA